GGAGGAGGCUCCGCCAUCCCAAGCAGAAGGAGUAGGCGGAGAGAGAGGGGAGGGGGAGCGAGCCCACGCGUCGGGCGCUCGGUGGCCAGCGGCCGCAGCUUCCCUUUCGGGCAGGCUUGGGACGGAGCUCACUGCGCGCUGCCCUUCCCUCCCCGAUACGAUUAACCAAAGAAGAAGCACUCGAGGCCGGCGGCGGCGGCGGCGAUCUGUCCAAUCCACCCAUGGACACGGACGAGUUCUUCAACCCAGGCUGCGGCGGGCCGGCCGGCGACGGCUGCGACUGCGGGGACUGCGAGGAGUGGAGGCACGACCACGGCCGCACCAAGCACUUCCUCCUCUUCGCCUCCGACCACAAAGAUUUUCUGUGCACACCGUGGGAGGUCACAAGGCAGCUGAGAAAUAUGAUCACCGGCUCCGAGCCUAUCAAACUUGAAGCUCCUGAUGGCCAGAUGUACAGUGUUGAGUUCGUCAAGUUCGGCCUGAUAACUCUUACGACUGGGUGGCGGCGCUUUGUGGAUGCUAAUCACAUACAACAAGGUGAUCCCAUCUUGUUCGUUUACUGUGGGAGCUCCACGUUCAAGGUCCACAUAUGCACUUCAUCCGGUCACAAGAAUUCUCUGCCCUGUUCUCAACAGCCUCCCAACAUCCUUAGAGCUGUUCUGCUUCGUGAUCGUCAUGUGCUGAAUGAACAAGUGGUGCCUGAUCCUGCACAUGUUCAGACGUCAACCGACUUUGGCUAUACCAUGUUCCCCGGGACCUGCCUAAGCAAAGCACAAGAGAAGAAAGUGCUAGAGCUAGCUGAUAGCAGCAUGAGGUCUGAAAUUCCUCUGCAUGUGGCACCUAUGAACAAAAGAAAUGCCAGCAAGGACUACUAUGUUUGCAUACCGUUGAGGCUUUUGGACAAUUUCAAAGAGGGGAUAACUGAAACUGUCAUUCAGCUCGAAGCCCAUGGCAACAACAUGGUAUACAGUGUUGGCGUAAGCAAGCACAGUGAUGAUCAAAUAAUCCUCCAGUCUGAGUUGAGUGAUUUCGUAGCUUCUCUCCGCAUACAAGACAACGACCUCCUCGUCUUCAGAAGCAAGAGGAAAGCCCGCCUUGAAGUUCUUGUCCUUGAUCCGAGCGGUUGUGAGAAAACUUGUUUUGCCAUGGGAAACUCCUCAAAUGCCCAGGAGAUGGCUUUGACAUCCUCCCCUUGUAUUAAGUCAGGAUGCCCCGCUGGCAAGUUGAAUGAAGCCGGUUUAGAAGCUCCUAUGUCCAACAAGUCCUACAUAUUACCCGAACGGAAGAACCUAACUUGGCAACAAGAGAAGAAAGUAAAGGAGAAAGUCCAUGCAAUAGAAUCUGAAUUCCCUGUAUUUGUGAAGGUGAUGACGGCACGUGAUUUAUCGAACCCAACAAAGCUGUUGUUCUGCAAGGAAUAUGCUUCGGCAUGUCUCCCGCUCAAACAAACACCUCUCCUAAUUGGGCUGGAAGGUAGCACGAUGCAGUGGCCUACAACGCUGACCGUCACGGAGUAUACGAAAGGGAGGAUGAUUUCCUUACUCUGGAAGGACUUUGUCUUGGACGUCGGGAUGAAGGCAGGGGACAUCUGCCUCGUCGAACUGGCAGACAGGAGCAGCGAUAGCCUCAAGAUGAUGGUCCAUCUAAUCCGCAAGUCGGAAAUGCAGCUCUAGCUCCCAACAAGCAUCUAGUAACUCAGCUGAUGUAUGCAUUGCUUGAUGAUUAUUUGGAACAACCUGAUGUUAAGCAACUCUAUAGUGUGUAAUGUAAUCUGGGGAAACACUAAACCCUUGACCCUCCUCUCCUGUAGUAGUACUGCUGCUGCUGAUUAUUUUUCUGUUGAAGACAGGUUCCAUUUUAUUGUUGAUUUAUUAACUAUUUCUUGUUGAGGCAAA